CUGAAUUUUCCCACCAAAAAAUACCAGAAAAUAAGGUAAAAGAAUCAAAGAAAAACAAAAAAGAAAAGAAAAGAAAGAAGGAAAGAAAUGGCCACAGCCAUUCUCUCUACUGCAUACACCUUCCUCCCUUCAACUCUGUCCUCUUCUCCAUCUUCUGCUGUUUCUUCUUCAUUGACAAUACCAACAUUAGUUUGUUUCCAAAAUCGAAAUGCCAAGAGACCAUUGGCUGUUUGCAAGGCCCUGAGUGAGCCACCACAAUCAGCUUCUCCAAUUCUGACCAAAAGAAGCCUUUCUAUCUGCUUUGUCACUAGCUUUGUCUUCUCAUUGGUUGGUAAAGACUGCUCCAGUUCUAAUGCAGCAAUUCUUGAAGCUGAUGAUGAUGAGGAGCUCUUGGAAAAGGUUAAAAGGGACAGAAAGAAGAGGCUUGAAAGACAGGGAGUUAUCAGCUCAGCCAAAAAAGAAACAGGAUAUCUGCAGGAACUGGUGUACAGGCUGAGCAAAGCAGGCCAAGCCAUUGAAAGCAACGAUUUGCCAACAGCUAGUUCAGUUCUUGGGGCCAGCACAGAUACAGAUUGGGUUCAGAAGGCCAAUAUUGCUUUGAAUAAGCUAAGCUCUAGUCCUGAAGAGAAGACUGAGGUGGAUACUUUCAAUUCAUCCUUGGCUUCAUUGAUAUCAUCAGUUACUCGGAAUGAUAUAGAUUCCUCCAAACUCGCUUUUGUGUCUUCUGCCAACGCAAUUGAGAAAUGGACAUCAUUAACCGGGCUUAUUGACCAGCUUAAGGGACUUUAAACAGACAACAAGAUGAUCCCUGCACUUCUUUUUUAUUUGUAUGCGAGGAAAACUAUUAGUUCCAUGAAUUCUCUGGUUUUAUUUUAUUGGUGCAAUUUGAGUUCAACGGUCUCCGUUGAGUUUCGGCUACAGUCUUCACUAAACACACUACAAAUUUCGAUUU